GUCCGCGGCGGUGGCGAAGGGGCUGAGGGGUUCGCUGCCAGUAGUUGCCAAGCUGCGGCGGUCUUGGCGGGAUGGUAUAGCCAGGCUUGCAGGCGGGCGGUGGGGCGCGGGCGGGGGCGAGGCGGCCGGGAAGGGCCGACGCCGCCUGAGGGGCUUGGGAGCGGCGGCAGCAAGCUGAGGGGGCGUCGCCGUCGCAGGCCCCCGGCGCCGCCGCGGCAGGCCGCGCCCGCCAUGGCGGCCCGGGCGGUGCUGGACGAGUUCACGGCGCCAGCCGAGAAGGCGGAGCUGCUGGAGCAGAGCCGCGGCCGCAUCGAGGGCCUGUUCGGCGUAAGCCUGGCCGUGCUCGGCGCGCUGGGGGCUGAGGAGCCGCUGCCCGCGCGCAUCUGGCUGCAGCUCCGCGGGGCGCAGGAGGCGGUGCACAGCGCCAAGGAAUAUAUUAAAGGAAUCUGUGAACCUGAACUAGAAGAAAGAGAAUGUUACCCCAAGGCCAUGCACUGCAUUUUUGUUGGGGCAGAGAGCCUGUUUCUGAAAAGCUUGAUUCAGGAUACUUGUGCCGACCUCUGCAUUCUGGACAUUGGCCUUCUUGGCAUCAGAGGAAGUGCGGAGGCCGUGGUCAUGGCUAGGAGUCACAUUCAACAGUUUGUAAAGCUCUUUGAAAAUAAGGAGAACCUACCCAGUAGUCAGAAAGAAUCAGAGGUAAAAAGAGAAUUCAAACAAUUUGUUGAAGCCCAUGCAGACAAUUACACAAUGGAUUUGCUGAUUUUGCCCACUUCCUUGAAAAAAGAACUUUUGACACUCACACAAGGUGAGGAGAAUCUCUUUGAAACAGGGGAUGAUGAUGUUAUUGAAAUUAAAGAUUCUCAACAAACAGAGUUUACACAGAAUGCUGCUACAGGGCUGAAUAUUUCCAGAGAUGAAACUGUUUUGCAGGAAGAGGCAAGAAAUAAAGCUGGGACUCCUGUUUCUGAGCUUACACGACAAAUGGACACAGUCCUUUCUAGCUCACCAGAUGUGCUUUCUGACCCAAUAAAUGGUCUAAGCCCAGAGGAAGAGGCACUUUCCCAUGAGAGAAUGUGUCAGAAAAGGAGAUCUUCUGAUUCCGAAGAACGGCAUACCAAGAAGCAGUUUUCUUCGGAAAAUGUUCAGGAGGGGGAGAUUUCACAUGAUGCUAAGUCAUUGGCUGAAAAUGUAAUAGUUGACCUGUCUGAUUCUUCUACCGAUUCUGAAAAUUUAAGUCCAGAUACAAAAGACACUACUGAGGAAAUGGAAUACAACAUCCUCGUAAACUUUUUUAAAACCAUGGGCUAUUCCCAAGAAAUUGUUGAAAAGGUCAUUAAGGAGUAUGGACCAUCUACUGAACCAUUAUUGCUCUUAGAGGAAAUUGAAAAAGAAAAUAAAAGAUUCCAAGAAGACAGAGAAUUUUCAGCUGGUAUUGUGUAUCCAGAGACCAACAAAACCAAAAAUAAAGGUGUUUAUAGCAGCACAAAUGAGCUUACAACUGAUUCCACUCCAAAGAAAACACAGACUCACACACAGCAAAAUAUGGCAGAAAAAUUUCCUCAGUUACCAUUCAAAGGGGAAGCUAAACCAUGUACCUCAAAUUGCAGAAUUAAUACUUUCAGAACAGUGCCCAUAGAACAGAAACAUGAAGUCUGGGGUUCAAACCAGAACUAUGUUUGUAACAUAGACCCUGAAACUGAUGGCCUUUCACCUUCUGUUGCCUCUUCAAGUCCCAAAGAAGUCAAUUUUGUGUCAAGGGGACCUUCAAGUCACCAGCCCAGAGUUCCUGUUUUUCCUGAAAAUGGUUUACACCAGCAGCCAGAACCCUUGCUUCCAAAUAAUAUGAAAUCUGCCUGUGAAAAACGUUUAGGAUGUUGUAGUUCUCCUCAUUCUAAGCCAAAUUGUUCAGCCCUUUCUUCACCAAUGCCACUGCCCCAGCUGUUACCUUCAGUUACUGAUGCAAGGUUGGCAGGACCUUCUGAUCAUAUUGAUUCCUCAGUUACUGGGGUCCAAAGGUUUCGAGAUACUCUAAAAGUACCCUACAAGCUGGAAUUAAAAAAUGAACCAGGGAGAAUGAAUUUGAAACACAUUGUUAUAGAUGGGAGCAAUGUUGCAAUUACCCAUGGUCUAAAAAAGUUCUUUUCUUGUCGUGGAAUUGCAAUUGCGGUUGAAUAUUUUUGGAAGCUUGGCAACAGAAACAUCACUGUUUUUGUCCCUCAGUGGAGAACAAGGCGUGAUCCUAAUGUCACAGAACAGCACUUCUUAACCCAGCUCCAGGAGCUCGGAAUAUUAUCUUUAACUCCUUCCCGGAUGGUCUUUGGAGAAAGAAUUGCUUCUCAUGAUGACAGGUUUCUACUACACUUAGCGGACAAAACUGGUGGCAUAAUUGUAACAAAUGAUAAUUUCAGAGAAUUUGUGAAUGAGUCAGUCUCUUGGAGAGAAAUUAUUACAAAAAGGCUGCUGCAGUAUACAUUUGUGGGGGACAUAUUUAUGGUUCCUGAUGAUCCUCUGGGAAGAAGUGGACCUCGAUUAGAGAAUUUUCUUCAGAAGGAAGUCUGUCUUAGAGAUAUGCAGCCCCUACUCAAUGCCUUGCCAAAUGUGGGCAUGUUUGACCCCAGCUUCAGAGUCCCUGGCACCCAGGCAGCCAGCACCAGCCACCAGCCUGCGACCCGGAUUCAGGGAGCACCUUCAAGCCACUGGCUCCCUCAGCAGCCCCACUUCCCACUGCUGCCGACCCUCCCCAAUCUCCAGCAGAACCUGCCCAUGCCAGCUCAGAGAUCUUCUGCGGAAACCAAUGAGCUGAGGGAAGCCCUUCUGAAGAUCUUCCCUGACUCGGAGCAAAGACUGAAAAUAGACCAGAUCUUGGUGGCCCACCCAUAUAUGAAAGAUCUAAACGCGCUCUCUGCCAUGGUAUUGGAUUGAAGAUUGUGCUGAGAAGCUUGCGCUCAGGGCUGGCUGAUCAAACUCAAGCUCACACCUGUACCUGUUGGGAACGAACAUAAUGUGAAGAAACUUUAUUUCCCAGUGUAAAGGCAGUUGUAUAGAAAAAAAAGUUUUGUGUAUAAAUCUGGGUUUUCAAAACCAGCUUUUUUCUAUAUAUAAAUUAUGCUGCUAUUACAGAUUUAACAUUUUCUGUUAAAGGAAAGUCUACAUUUUCUGCCUGUUCAGAACUGUUUAAUAGCAGUUACUCUUGAGUGUAUUUACCUUUUUAUGUUUUUUAAACUAUUUUCCUUAAAGCCGAAAAUAUUGACAAAUGGAUAUGGUUAGCCUUUAUAAAUAAAUUUAAAAAAAAAAAAAAAAGUUGCUUUCUUAAAGAAAGCAAGACCUCUUAAAGUAUAUUUUCUUGAGAUGAAUAUGUCCCGUCACUACCAUGAAGUGUGCUCCCCCUUCCAGCCUCCUCUGCCCUCACCCCCAGAGUUAGAGUGGGUAGGAGUUGGUUUGUUCUGCAGGGUCUUUGGUUGGAGCAUUGUGAAAGUGGACCCACGGUGCCACUAGAUGGCACUUGGUGCCUAGCUGUGGUGAAUGACCAGAGCAAAGUUAGACUCACAGAAUACCAAGGCUAGAAGACAAUGUGGAGCCCAUGGAGUCCCACCCUUCUUCCCCUUCCACCCUGCGCUAGAGGGGACGGCCCAGUGUGCUCGCCGUCCCCGCAUGCCCAUAGCCACAGUUGAGGAGUGGCCGGGCAGGCAGCAGGCUCCCAGGCCAGGGCUCGACACACUUACAGGCUAGUGCCUCCACACACCUGUAGCUCUGGAAGUCACGUCUUAGCUUCUGAACACUAAAGGAAGUUGAAUGAGGAGCCCUGUCACUGUGGCCAUCUUGUGUCCGCAACUGCAGGAGAUGCCCCAAUGUGGAGUUUGUACAGCUUUGCCAAAAAACGGUUUUCUAUUCUCAAAAAUGACCCAAGCCAAUAAAUAGCAUUAGUAGCUUCUGUGGGGGGUCCCAGAGACCCUGUAAUUCAUUUUCCCUGUUUUUGUCUCUCUAGUGUCCUCAACAGCCUUUCCUGUGAGUCUUUCUCAGAAUUGAUAUCUUAAUAUUGUCUGUUUUCAGUGUUACCCAAAUCCAGUGUCAGUGAAGUUCUUUUCCUGGACAAUCUUAACAUCUUUACUCUUAUUGUCUGAACUUUCAAAGGGCUUUGUAUUUUAUACCUGCGUCCCCAGGCUGCUCACAGUCGGCUUCCUGCCUGCCUAUGGAUCGUGUCUCUCUCCUGGCCCUGAGGAGCGGAGGCUGAGGAGUCAGUGCUGGCUUGUUCACAGUGAGGGGACUGGGCGGCAUCCCGGAGUGCUCCUGCCAGGCCUGUGUGUUGAUUUUGUUUGAUCGCUGCAUCCUUCGAGGAAUGAAUCCAGAGCCUUCCAGGAAGUCAGGCUUGUACUUCAAUCAUGUUCCUCUCAGAUGCCUCUAUGACGCCUCCUGAUGUGGAACUGGUUUUCUGUUGUUUGGGCCGGUGGCCAAGUCACCCAGCUAUGGAAGCAGGGGUAAAAGAUGAAGCCAGCCAGGAGGAAGACUUCAGUCACACCUCCCAUGCCUCAGCUUUGUGCCUGUUUUCAAAAGCACAGCUGAGGUGUGCAGGCUGGGGCUGUCUUGCAGCAACUCUGGCCUUCUUUCUCACGGUUCGUUUCAGCAGCCUGGCUGACCCAACUGUUUCUCCUCUGCUUCAGAGAAGAAACCCAGGAGAUGCCCUGACUGCCAGGCUGUCUCCACCAUGCUGGCUGGUGCUGGCUAGGCAGAGGGGGUCACCACUUCUCCCAGCUCUAGAAGCUACUUGACCCUUGACGUUUGGCUUCUCUUAAGUCUGUGUUCUGACUAUUGCUUUGGAGCGAUCGGCCUGUCCCCUUUCCCUUUCUUGGCUAUGGGAAGGAAGGAUAAGAAAAGAGCUCAUUACUUCCCUUCAUUAGUUACAAUAUGAGACGGAAUUAUUCCUUCCAAAACCCCUCAGGGUUAGUUAAAUUUAAUAUUUAAAAACCCAAAUUAUCAAACCAUUAAAAAACACUCAUGACUGGUUCUCAGCCUCCUCCAGUACUAGCCUCAGUGUGGCUGCUGCAUACAUGUCUGUAGCCUGUCUACCUCCUGCAGCGGGGCCGUCGGCUGCUUCCCUGUCCACUGCUCAGGCUCUCCUGCUUUGGGGCAUCCACAGAAAGUAGUUGGCAAGGCAAAGAUGUCACCCUGAUUCAACAGUCGGGAUAUCUGAUGCUCAGAGAGGUUGUCCUAGGGGGCCGGUGAUUUCCGGGCCUACAUUCUUCCCUAAGCUCCAGGCCACUGUCUCUCGUCUGACUUUCCACAAGCAGUCUGAGCGGAAAAGUCACUUCUCCUGCAGUCAGGAGAAAGUAGGUGGCUGGGACUCAGGCCUGGGUGGCUUUCGAAAGCAGUGAGGGGACAGCUGGCCUCAUGCCCAUGCAGGCUUGUUGUGACACGGUGAGAUGUGAGGGAAGACUCAGAUCUACACACACAAACCCUCUUCUCCCCGCCAUCCCCCAGCGUUGCCACACAUCUCACAUGUUUUAGAUUGAAACAGCCUAAUUCCCGGAAGAAUCCUCUCCAUUCAUUGCUAGUGCUUCCCCUUAUCUCUCACUCUCCACUUCUCAGUUUGCAAACGUGGCUUUCGACCACCAAGUGAAAGCAGACUGAGAGCGGCCCCUGGGGACAGCCCGGUGCCUGGCUGCAAGGCCUCGCUGGAGCUGUCUUGGUAUAUUUCACAGCCCCAGCACGUGCUGCUGUUCACUGGACUGUCCCUGCUUCCCACCACUUCUCUCACUCCCAGACCUCUCUUACUCUUUUUGUCUCUUUUUGCCUAAAGGCCAGUCUUUAACACCCUGUUCUUCCCCAGCAGGUUUGCAGACUUUGCCCCACCUGUGGGGCUCCUGGUGGAGAGGCCAGCUGGUGUUUAGAAUGCAGGUUACCCGGCAUGACCCGGCAAAUGCUUGCCCAGUAGUUAUGGAGGAAGGCCCAGGAAUCUGCAAUUGAGCAUGUUCCCUGGGCAGUUCCCAUGCAGAUGAUCCCUGGACCACAUGUUAAGAAACUGUACUCAUCCUUAAGGCCACACUGUCCCUCUCCCCACUGUCCCCUCUCUUCAGUGACCUCUGGCCCUGCCCUUCAGGACUGUACUUCCCACUCCACCAGGAAGCCCCAUGGCAUCCUCAGGCUCCCUAGAACCACAGCCUGCACAGGGACCCUCCCUCCUUCCACACCCACCCUCCAUGAGGUUCCCUGCUCUGCCCUCAUGCUUUGCUGGCCCCUGCUCUCAGACACCCAGGGGCGGUGAGCCCUGACUCGCCAGCCCCUUGUAGCGCUGCCCUCUACCGUCCAGACACUGCAGUGCAGCCAGAUUUACCUUCCAGAAAAACACUUCUAGUCACCCCUCCUGCAAAGUGAUCUGCAAUGACUGACCAGAGCACCAAGUUCAUAGCCCCUGAGCUUAAUGUCCAUGGCUGUCCAUCUCCCGGCCAUAUUUGACUGUCCACUUAUCCCCACCCAAAGGCUCCCUGUGGCUACAUGUUUCCCAUGACCUGUAGGCUGUGCAGUUGGACUUAUCUCCACUAGAGAUGCCCUUCUCCCAAAUGACUUCCCUCCCGAAAGGCCCGGCCUGAGUCCUCCUCAUCCCCUUGUCCAGUGCUUCUGCCAGAAGCAGCCCCAUGGUGUUCUGUGACUGCACAGCACUUUGUGUCUUGCUUUGGGCACUCGCCGCUCUGGCUGGUGCCACCGCCGCUGAUCGUGUACUGUGUCUUGCUGCCCUUUCUAGACUGUGAGCUCCUCGCGGGCAAGGACCGCCUGUGUUCUCUGUAUUUCCCACGGCGCCUAGCACAGAGCCUUGCACUUGAUAGGUGCUCAAUAAAUGUCUGCCUAAGUGAACUG